AUGGAUUCUGCCAAUUCAGAUACAGAGAAAGCCGAAUAUGCAACACAAGACCCCCCCGAGAGCAUAUCCGUCGACUACGAGACCAGCCAGAAGCUAACUCGCAGCCUCCUACUCAAAUUAGAUACUAGGAUCCUUCCGACUCUAGCUGCUCUCUUUCUAUGUUCCUUUCUCGACCGGACCGUAAUAGGCAACGUCAAGGUGUUAGGGUUUGAGAAGGACAUUAACAUCACCAACCAUCAAUAUGACAUUGGCUUGACGGUGUUCUACCUCACUUAUGUUUGUAGCGAGCUUCCGAGCAAUCUGAUACUCAAGAAAGCGUCGCCAAAACUCUGGUUGCCAUUUCUCACAAUGAUCUGGGGCAUAAUCACUAUGUGUCUCGGCUUUGUUCACUAUUUUGGGGACUUUGUCGCCGUUCGUGCUCUCCUCGGAGCUGCGGAGGGAGGGCUACUUCCAGGAAUGAUUUUAUACCUAUCAUCAUUUUAUCAGCGCGGCGACUUGGCCCUGCGUAUUGGCUUGUUCUAUACCGCGGCGUCUUUAUCAGGAGCGUUUGGAGGUCUUCUGGCCCGUGGAUUGAAUGAAAUUGGUCCCCGAGGAGGUCUUCAAGGUUGGCGUUGGAUCAUGAUUAUUGAAGGGUUGCUGACAUUUACAUGCGGUGGAUUGAGCUAUUUUAUUCUACCGAACAGCGUGGAAACGGCGCCCUUCCUGACUCCCGAAGAGCGGCUGCUUGCCCGCCAGAGAAUUAAGCUUGAUAGUGCACCUGUAUCAGAGGGAACGUCGCCAGAACAUGAAACCAUGAGAUGGUCUGAAGUUCGACGAGGGAUUUUGGACCUGCGGAUGUGGCUUUCCGGAACUGCCUAUUUUGCAAUCAUAUCAGGAUUGUAUUCUUUUGGACUUUUUUUGCCGACAAUCAUUAAUGAAAGUGGAUUUGCCCAAAAUGCGAACCAAGUGCAGCUAUGGACUGUGAUUCCAUAUACAGUAGCGGCGAUUUUAACAGUGGUCGUGGCUAUUGUCUCGGAUCGCUUAAAGCUUCGGGGUGUCAUCAUGCUUUUUACUCUACCACUUGCAAUUGCUGGAUACGGCGCAAUUGCCAACAUUGAAUCAGCCAAAGCGAAGUAUGGGAUGACGUUUCUCAUGGCCACCGGCAUGUACAGUAGCGUUCCCUGUAUCUUAGUCUGGAACUCCAACAACUCUGCGGGGCAUUAUAAGCGAGCAACCACUUCUGCUAUGCAGCUGACGAUCGCGAACUGUGGUGGAUUCGUCGCCACAUUUAUUUAUCCUAACCACGACAAGCCCCAAUAUCACCGAGGCCAUACUGUAGUAUUUGGGCUUCUUAUAUUUGCAUGGUUAAUGGUGUUGUUGAAUGUUGUAUACUGUGCCAAGAUCAACCGAGAUAAGCGGAAAGGCAAAUAUGCGCGGUAUGCGGGCUUUAACGAUGACAGAGACCCCGAGUUUAAAAUGAUGCUGUAG